CCAGUUCAAGGCAGUUCAGCCCUCCACGACUCAGAUGCGUUGUACCGAGCUGUCUGUCAACGUCGAGCGCCUUCCCCCUUCUUCAUUCUUGUGAGAGAGAAGAGAACAUUUGGGUUGUAAUUUUCCCCUCUUCAACGACGUCUCGCUUCAGAUAACACCUGCUUUCGUCUCACCAUGAUUUUCAGCUGAUCUUCAAAGUGUCCGGGUGGUUCUGGGGGAUCCAGGUUGGUGUGACAGAACGAGCUUACUGAGGGGUACUGCCUGAGAGCAACAGGGACCCAGGUCCUCAAGUGACUCGGAGGGUGGGACUUUGCAAGCGUUGACAGCAUGGAGCAGGAAAACGCCAAGAUCCUCAACAGAGGAGAAGAGGAUGAGAUGGAGCUGCAGGGCUUCCGCCUCUCCCGCUGGCGCCUGGCCGUGGUGGGCCUGGCCGUGCUGUCCACGGGGGGCUUCCUCCUGCUGCUGCUCUACUGGCUGCCCGAGUGGUGCGUCAGGUCCACCUGCACCCGCACCACGGCGCAGGACGCCGAGGUGGUGCUCCUCCGCAGCACGGACGAGUUCCGCCGCUGGUUCCUGGCCAAGGUGCGCGUGAUCCUGGCUCCCGGGAGGAGCCCUUUCCACAUCCUGGAUACCCAGACCACCUCCCCCUCCUCCAUCCCCUCCCCCGACACCCCCACCCCCGCCACGGGGAAAGGACCCCGCCAUCAGACAUCCCAGGCCGACCCCAAUCAAGAGCUCAUCCACAGAUAUGGCGAAUACCAACCCACGCAGAUCCGAUAUUUCACACACCACAGUGCCAAGUACUACUGGAAUGGAGAGGCGCAGAACUUUGAGGUUUUAACAGGCCUGGAGGAUCUGCAGGUGAGCUGCUCAGCCUUGCACUCUGAGCACAGCGCUGGGCUGUCCAGGAACCUGCAGGAGUACAGGAGACUGUUCUUCGGAGUGAAUGAAAUUGCGGUGAAAGUGCCUUCGGUCUUCAAACUUCUUAUCAAAGAGGUCCUGAAUCCGUUCUACAUCUUCCAGCUCUUCAGUGUGAUCCUGUGGGCUUUCGAAGAGUAUUACUACUACGCUGCCACCAUCGUAUUCAUGUCCUUCAUUUCCAUAGCUACCUCUCUGUACACCAUUAAAAAGCAAUACAUCACGCUCCGCGACAUGGUGGCCGCGCACAGUAUUGUCCGCAUGUCCAUUUGCCGCGCAAACAACGAGAUCGAAGAGGUCAUCUCCACCGACGUUGUGCCCGGCGACGUCAUCGUCAUCCCUAGCAACGGCACCAUCAUGCCAUGUGAUGCGGUGCUGGUCACGGGAACAUGCAUCGUCAACGAGAGCAUGCUCACAGGGGAGAGCGUCCCGGUCACCAAGACCAACCUGCCCAACCCGGUGCAGGGCGACCGGGACGCCGAGAAGGACUCUGCCUUCAGCACGGAGGAGCACAAGAGACACACCCUGUUCUGUGGCACGCACGUCAUCCAGACCCGCUUCUACACCGGCGAGCUCGUCAAGGCGGUGGUGGUGCGCACAGGGUUCAGCACGGCCAAGGGCCAGCUGGUGCGCUCCAUCCUCUACCCCAAGCCCACGGACUUCAAGCUGUACCACGACGCCUACCUCUUCCUCCUGUGCCUGGUGGGCGUGGCCGCCAUCGGCUUCAUCUACUCCAUCGUCCUGAGCGUCAUGAAAGAGGUGCCCAUCAAGGAGAUUAUCCUGGAGUCUCUGGACAUCAUCACCAUCACCGUGCCGCCUGCGCUGCCCGCCGCCAUGACGGCGGGCAUCGUGUACGCCCAGCGCCGCCUCAAGCAAAUCGGCAUCUUCUGCAUCAGCCCCCAGAGGAUCAACAUCUGUGGGCAGAUCAACCUGGUCUGCUUCGACAAGACUGGGACCCUGACAGAAGAUGGACUGGAUAUGUGGGGGAUCCAUAGAGUGGAGAAUGGCAGCUUCCAGCUGUCAGAGGAGAGUGCCUACAAGGAGAGCCUGGUCAAGUCCCAGUUUGUGGCCUGUAUGGCUACCUGCCACUCCCUCACCAAGAUCGAGGGCCAGCUGUCUGGCGACCCCCUGGACCUGAAGAUGCUGGAGGCCAUCAGCUGGACCCUGGAGGAGGCCACGGAGGAGGAGACGGCCCUCCACGAGCGCAUCAUGCCCACCGUGGUGCGGCCCCCCAAGGAGCUGCUGCCCUCGGAGCCGGCGGCCUCCCCGGAGAUGGACAUGGAGCUGUCUUCGAUGUAUGAGAUCGGUAUCGUGAGGCAGUUCCCCUUCUCGUCGGCGCUGCAGAGGAUGAGCGUUGUGGCGCGGCGUCUGGGGGAGAAGCGCAUGGAUGCCUACCUGAAGGGGGCGCCAGAGGUGGUGGCCAGCCUUUGCAAGAAGGAGUCCGUUCCGGAGGACUUUCAAGAGGUUCUGGAGGAAUACACCAAGAAGGGUUUCCGGGUCAUCGCCCUGGCCCACCGCCGCCUCGAGUCCAAGCUAACCUGGCACCGAGUGCAGAACGUCAACCGCGACCACGUCGAGGCCAACAUGGAGUUCCUGGGUCUGAUCAUCAUGCAGAACAAGUUGAAGGCAGAAACUCCAGCGGUGCUGCAGGAUCUCCACAGAGCCAACAUCCGCACCGUCAUGGUAACGGGAGACAACAUGCUGACGGCCAUCUCGGUGGCCAGGGACUGUGGCAUGAUCCCACCCCAGGACAAGAUCAUCAUCGCCGACGCCCUGGCGCCGCGGGACGGACAGACCGCCAAGAUCAACUGGAGAUACGCAGACAAGCCUGGCAAGAUGCCCCGUCUGGAGGAAGUGGUCAUCAGCCUGGAGGACAUAUGUCACAUGGACGAAGCCAAGUCUGCACAGCAGCAGUUCCACUUCGCCAUGAGCGGCAAGUCGUUCGACAUCAUCAUGGAGCACUUCCCCGAUAUGAUGCAGAAGCUGGUGCUCCAUGGCACCGUGUUCGCCAGGAUGGCUCCGGACCAGAAAACGCAGCUCAUUGAGGCGCUGCAGGGCGUCGACUACUAUGUUGGGAUGUGUGGUGAUGGAGCUAAUGACUGUGGGGCGCUGAAGAGGGCCCACAGCGGCAUCUCUCUGUCGGAGUUGGAGGCCUCCGUGGCGUCCCCCUUCACCUCCAGGACCCCCAACAUCUCCUGCGUGCCCAACCUCAUCAGGGAGGGCAGAGCGGCACUCAUCACCUCCUUCUGUGUCUUCAAGUUCAUGGCCCUCUACAGCAUGAUCCAGUACAUCAGCGUCACCCUCCUCUACUCUAUCCUGAGUAACCUUGGAGAUUUUCAGUUCCUCUUCAUCGAUAUCGCCAUCAUCCUCUUCCUCGUCUUCACCAUGAGCUUGAACCCAGCGUGGAAGGAGCUGGUGCCUCGGCCUCCUCCCUCGGGCCUCAUCUCGGCCCCGCUGCUCUUCUCCGUCCUGACCCAGAUCCUCAUCUGCCUGGCCUUCCAGGUCCUCCCCUUCCUCUGGGUCCAGCAGCAGCCCUGGUAUGAGCAGUGGACGCCGCUGUCAAACGCCUGCAACACAUCAGCAUCAACAUCAACUCACUCUAUGACCAACAUAAGCUCCUUUGAGGUGGACCCGGACUACAUCUCCAACUACGAGAACACCAGCAUCUUCUACGUGUCGUCCUUCCAGUACAUCAUCGUGGCCAUCAUCUUCUCCAAGGGCAAGCCCUUCAGACAGCCCAGCUACAAGAACUGGCCCUUUAUGCUGUCUGCCCUGACCUUGUAUGUGUUCAUGUUGUUUGUGCUGUUCCACCCGAUUGAGGCCAUGGAUGAUUUCUUUAAGAUCGUGUGCGUCCCCUUCUCGUGGCGGAUCAAGCUGUUUCUCAUUGUUCUGGCCAACGCCGCCGUGUCGGUGUUCGUUGAGACGUUCAUCCUGGACGUGGUCUUGUCGAAGCUUGUGUUCAGCCGGGACAAGCAGACUAGCUAUGGCUAUGCCCCCGCCGCCAUGACACAACAGGUGGGCAUCGACCACUGGGGCAUGAAGUGUCUCUCGUGGCUCUGUUGCCAGCGCAACGCGGCCCCCAAGGCCCGCUACAUGCACCUGGCCCAGGAGCUCCGCGUGGACCCCGACUGGCCCCCGCGGCCCACCACCACCACCGAAGCCAAGCCCUGUCCUGAGAAGGACUACCCGAUGAUCUGCAGCUCGUAGCACCCCUCCAGGAGGUCAGGUCCCACGCAACCCGCCUGGGGGGGACGGAGCCCCGGUGUGGGGGACUGGGUCUUGUUCGUCUGAUGGUUUGUCAGCUGGUGUUGACAAAGGGCAGAACCCCUCUUGCCGUGCGCUCUCUCUGCAUUAUUAGAUUGCCAUGUUGUCCACCAUACAAAGACUUUAAUUAGUUUGGUAUUUGAGAGAGAGAGAGACACACACACACACACACACACACACACACACACACACACACACACACACACACACACUCAGGGCUGGGUAUCGUGGCCAAUUUCCUAAAUCGAUUUGAUUUCGAUUCAUGAGGUUCUGAAUCGAAUAAUCUCGAUUCGAUUCAAUCUGCUCUUAAAUAAUGAAAAUGGCUCAACUGUGUUACAAAAUACAAAUGUACUUCAUUUUUUCUCUUCACCUUAAACAACAGGUUUGAAGUGCAAACUUGUAAAUUAGACAGUUUAAACGAGCUGUAAACAAAAUUGUCUCAAUUUUGAAAUAAGAAAGGAAUUGCAAGUGAAAGUGUAUUUGAACUACAACAUUCCAUCACUGCAAAUUCCAUUAAGGCAUUGUUUAUUAAAGUGCAGAAAUAAUAAUGAUGGUAACAAAGAAAAAUAUAUAGAUCUCAGGAAUCGAUAUUGCAAAAUCGAUCCAAAAUCGUUUUUUUUACCCAGCCCUACACACACACACACACACACACACACACACACACACACACACCGUUAAGAGGACCCACAGGCAGGAACCUGUGUUUAUCUUCCAAUUCCAUUUUGUAUUUGGAAUCUCCACCCAUGACAAUUAUUUGAAUGCAGGCACAGUAUACAUAAAUAUGAUAACAGUGAUACCAUUUCAGAUUACCGUUAAGUCAAUGAUGUUAUACAAGCGCACAUAGGAGCCAAUUUUAGUAGUUCUUCUGAGGUCAGCACAAAGAGACUAGGACCUUGGCUGUGCAUGACGCCAGUCGUUGGAAACCUUAGGUAGGGUCCAGAAAUGAUUCAAACACAACUGUAGUAUUGCAUUGCCGAUAUUUUGAUUUCUCCAAAGAAUACUCAGCAUGUAAUGUAACGAAGGCCUCACUUCUCCUCAUGCAUGUCCAAACAACGCUAAGGGCUUGCAUACAGUUCUAUGAUGUAUAGUCAUUUGCUUGUAUAAUAUAUUACAAUAUAUUAUAUAUCCUUAAUGCUGUCCGUAUCGCAUCGCUUCCUAUGGAAGACUGGAUAAUUGUGGGAUCAUCGAGCAAAACUACACAAUAAGCGUCAAGAUCCAACCAACUGUUUAGGGUCUUUGUCUGUGGGUAAACUGUGCUAAAAAAGAACCCUGCCCUAUAUGAUGCAAUGCCACAGGAAUAGCAGAAAAGAACUGGAGGAAAGUAUUGCUGUUUGUGUUUAUAGCAUAAGCCUAUUGCAAUCCAAAAAAUACAAACAUUUCUUAUCAGUCCAUCUCCCAAUUGUACCGACGCUACUUCUUCACCGUCGUUUCAUUUCAGUCCUGAGCCUUUCUGUGCCAAAAUCGCACAGACGAUUUUCUGAACAUGCUUUACAGAAAUCUGUUGCCCAACUUCAUUGGGCUGCAGUCUAGAUCGCAACCAGUUCGAAAGAUUUGUGUCAGGAUCAGACCAUUAACCUCAAUCGUUAUCUUAUUAAUUGUACUGACCAUGUAUUUCAAACAGGCAAUCAUUGUGUCAGUCUGCUAUUUCAGAUCACAUUAUUUCCGUUCAUACAUCCGUUUUUAAUCGCGUUAGUGUGUUGCUAUAUUAAAAGAUAAAUAUAUGUGAUUAUUUAAAUAGGCUCAAAACCUUGAGUCCAAAAUAAAAGCCAUUGCCUAUGAAGUACAAUUGUUGCUUACAUAGAUUGAAUACAUCAAUACCCUAAAAUGAAUCAGAUGGUCUGGGUUUGGGUAUUAGGGUUAAAGUUAAAUAGAUGAAUGUUUUAAAUAAUUUAAACCAAUGCAAUAUUUAUUUUGUGUUUAUUAUCAAGGCUUUAUAGUACAUCUCUAUGUUCCAAAGAUUGUAUCAUGUUAUUAAUCAAUUGAUUCAAGUCUACUUCUGUCAAAUUCUACAACCUUGGAUGAGACUGAACUGUACUGGAUCUAUGUUGUUGAUAAUAAUUCUGGUAUCAGAUUACCUCUGUAAAUGUUUGCUGUAAAGUCAGUGUGUUUUCAAAGUGUAUUUUUUUUUUCUCAUAUCAAAGGGCUGUUGUCUGCGUGUUUUAUUUUUAUUUUACCUUUUUUGGUACUUUUUUCAUAAAAUGGGUUGUAGGCUAAUUGGCAGUUUAAUUAUUUGGGUAUAUUUUUGUAUUCUGAGCUUCCGUUAUAGGUGUGCAAUAAGCAUAGGUCCUCCUUGUUAAGGCAUGAAUUCUGGGCAUUUAUUUUAAAAUGGUAAUCAUUCAUCUGGAUACAUUAUCAGGGGACUUGAAUACCUAUUUGGUGUUUUCUAAGGCUCAACUAGACUGUUGAUCAUCUUUAAACAAUGUUUCAUCCUGGAAACUAUUUGCCCAUUAUUUUUAGUUAGUUUAGUUAUUAUAUUUGUUGGAUCAAAUUACUAAUGGUCUCUUGCACAAAAAAGGGAAGUAUAAUUAAUUUGAUUGCUAAUAACUAAAUAUUUUCUUACAACCAAACUAUACUUUAAUCAGCUUUCAUGUGUUUUUCUGUUAUCAAAUUCUAUGCUAACUGAAGAAAGUGUUUCUGCAGAAAUACCAGCCUGGUUUAACGACAGAGUAUUUUAGGCUCAGCUUCCAAUCAGAAAUUGGCCCCUUGACAAUGUUCUGUUUCAAAAUUUGAAAUUAUGCUCUUGUCAGUUGUUUUUUAACAUUUUUUUGCCAUUUCAAAGCAAUGUGUAGAAUGAACCCUUUCUCUUGUAUAGGUACCAUGCACAUAUGCUAUUAAGUUCAUCUCCCAAAUCAUGUUCCAGAUUUGACACAACCCAUUUACAUUACCCCAAAUAUGAUAAGGCAAUGUAUGGGGUACAUAGAAACUUUCCUCAGGGGAAUGUGAAUAUCUAAAAUACAUUUAGGAGGGUACUAAAAAAAUAUU